AUGUUUCUGGUGGGAAUGAGCGUCGUGGCGGUCAUGAUAUGGCGGCUGGUCAUAACGCUGCACCCUGAGACCAGAUCGGACUUUAUCUACGGACUCGGGCGCAUUGCGCUUACCAGUUUCCUGGAGUUGUGGAUCGGCAUCAUCGUGGUCUCUUUGCCUACCUUGGCGCCUUUGUUCAAACGCUACAUUACGCCAAUUAUAUCACGGAGACCGCCGAGUCCGGCACACGUCCGGCUCCGCGAAGCGCAGCAUACGAUUUGGAGUAUCCACGUCAAGCAUCGUGUGGAUUCUAUGCUCGAUUCGGCGCGGGGGGAGAGCGUGGAGAGCGAGCAGGGAUACUCUGGCCAAGUGACGCCUUAUGGGGACUCGGAUAGGGCGGAUGGGGACAGAAAAUUAUUGCAGAAAAUGGAAGAGGCUGGUCAUUCUCGAAUCGCCGACUACAUCAUCGUCGGCGGCGGCACGGCCGCUCUAGUCGUUGCCUGUCGGCUCUCAGAAAACCCCGAUACGCGCAUCAUUGUCCUGGAGCGAGGCAAAGAUGAAUCCAAUGAUGCUUGCGUCAAGAAUCCCCUGGCGUACGAGUCUCUGACGGGAAGUGAGAUGGAUUGGAACCUCAAGAUGGCGCCUCAGGCCGGACUGAACAAUCGCGAAUUCCACCAAUCUGCGGGAAAGGCUCUGUCUGGGCGGGUCGUCCAUGAUCAAUGGCUGUAUCUUCCUUCCCCGGGCUGCAGCGGGACUCGAUGCCUGGGAUUCACUGGGCAUUCCGGGCUGGAAUUAGGAAACGCUGGCACCCUAUUUCCACAAGGCAUACACCUUGCAUCCGAGCAACAAGGAGUCCCGGCCUACUACAGGUCCCAUCCAAACGCUUGGAAGCGAGCGUUCGAGGAGAGCGGCUAUCAUUACACCAGCGAUCUCGUUCCUGAAGGGACAACCAUAGGCACGCGGCCAUACACUGCGACGAUCGACCCGCAGUCAGGAAAUCGGAGCAGUGCAGCUAGCGGAUACGGCGCCAUACUUGCUUCUCGCGCUAAUGUGGAAAUCUUCACGCGCGCAAACGUGACUCGAAUCUGGUUCGACUCUGCUAUCCCCAACCGUAACCCAACUGCAACUGGAGUGGAGGUGCAAACAGAAGCCCAGGGGACCAUCAUCUUCAAACCCACCAAGGAGGUCAUCAUGGCCGCGGGGGUUUUCAACAAUCCCAAGAUCCUCGAAUUGUCUGGGAUCGGGGACACAGAUCGACUCCAGGAGCUCCGCAUUCCACCACUCGUCCAUCUGCCCGGGGUGGGAGAGAACUUGUCCAACCAUGCCAUGAGUAUUCUGACCGCCCCUUUGAGGGACCACCUGGACAUCAAGGGCAUUUCACCCGGCAUGAAAGCAAACGCCUUCAUCCGCCUAAGUCCCCCAGACGUGCAAGAGAUUCUCGCUCGCUCCCGCGAGGGCAACGAUCACACUUCUAUUUCAGGGAUCCUGGCUGGCCCGAACGAGGCGUCCGCAUGCAUUCACUUUGCCAUCUAUCCCGGCAAUGUAGCCGUCGUGGGCGUCUAUCCAUCCUAUUCUUUCUCCCGGGGCAGCUCUCAUCUCCAGUCGACGGACCCGACCGACGCCCCCAGGAUCGAUCCAAAGUUCUGA